UGUGGAGGCAGCCAGAAGAACAAAGCCAGUAGAGGUGCCUUUUCUCCUCAUCGUCCCACUAGCUGCUAAAUCGUGGCCUCUGGCCCCCCAACACAAUCCAGGGGGAGCAAGAUGAAGUGGAAAGGGAUUGUUAUCUCCGCCAUCCUGCAGGCACAGCUCCCAAUUACAGACGCAGCAGCCCUGGGACUGACAGACCCACGCCUGUGCUACAUACUGGAUGGGCUUCUCUUCAUUUAUGCGAUCAUUAUUACAGCCCUUUUUGUGAAAGCUAAGUUCACCAGGACCCCUGAAUCACAAGGGCUGCCAGGCCAGGGUGAUGUGUACAAUAAAUUGUCUCAUGCACGCAGAGAUGAAUAUGAUGUUCUGGGGGCUAAGCGAGGUGGUGACCCUGAGCUAGGAGGGAAAAAUCAGCAACGAAGAAAGAAUCCUCAUGACCCUCUCUACACGUCUCUGCAGAAGGACAAGAUGGGCGAGGCAUACAGCGAGAUUGGGAAGAAGGGAGAGCCCCAGAGGCGGCGAGGCAAAGGGAAUGAUGGCCUUUACCAGGGACUCAGCGCAGCAACCAAGGACACAUAUGAUGCCCUCCAGAUGCAGCCAUUGCCUCCCCGCUAACAUGGACUUGUGCAGUAGAUGGGCAAGACUGAGGGAAGCCCACACACUUUGGGGGAGGAGAGAAGGGAAACUCCAGGAAUCCAAACAAGAUGAUUCUGCCAACCCCGGUUUUUCACAGUGCAGGAAACUCCUUUUAGUCAUUACACAGCAAGGAAAUAACUUCAUCAUUUGGAGAUUCCCCUUCUCCCUUCCCCCCUCCCAGUCUGCAACAGCAAGCUUCAGCUUUUCAACAUAUAGAUCUGUAAAACUAUUCCCCAUGACAGUGGUUGUUUCACAGGCUAAAUUUUGUAAGAGUAUUUGUAGCUAGAGCAAGGGAUUAGAGCAGAGUAUGUAGGGGCCCCGAGGGCCCUGGCCCCCCUCUGCUAUCACCUGAAAUGCAUAAAACUUUCCACAUGUCCAUCAUCUUGGGGCCCCACCCACACCAAAAAUAAAAAUCAGCACUUAUGGACUAGAGCCUGGGAUUCCUGGGCUCUUCCCCUGCCUUGGACUAGACUUAGGUUCCCCAAGUGUUUAAAAAACCCAAAACAAAACAUGUUACCUACCUCACAGGGGUGUUGUGAAGCCUCCAUUAUGGUGUAAAGCUCUUAGGGGUCCUCCCAUGGAAGGCACUAUAGUUGUGGCCACUGUUUCUACUGUGAUCUGCACUAAAGUAACUACAACUGUCCAGCUAACUUAUCUUCCGCUGUAAAUUCAGCUUUACAUUUCUUUAACUGCAAAGAACUGGAAAAAAACUGUCAAGUUCUUAUAGUGCGACAAAUGCUAAAAGCAUGCUCUGCUUUUCAGUCAGAAAAAACGCAGCACUGGCUGCAACAGGGGCUCAAGAAAUAACAUCCGGCACGACUAGCUCCUGCAGCACAUGAGCUGUAUCCAGGAAUACGGAUGACAAUAAAUGAAAGCUAGGUAACCUUUAGCAGAGAGGUUUCUUCCUGCAGCAGGACCGGUGCAGCAUAUUAAGUGAACCAUCCCUAUUCAUUAGGAUGCGAGCUGGGACAUUGCACACCAGUAACGCUUGACAAUGAGAUGAUGCUGGGAAAAUUGGGAUUAAAUUACAGGAUGCCUUAAGAUUGGUUGAAGAUCCACAGUUUGACCUUUUCUGCUGACAUGCUUCAGUGCUGUAUUUUGUACGUGAUAAAAACAAAGCAAAACUUACUUGCUGGGAAAGGAAAUGUAGAGAAGCCAAAGAAAUGUACAUUUAAAAAAAAAAUCUCUUUGGGAUCUUUUCCAAGGUGAGCACAAAGGCAUUGGUGCUCAGCAACAGAAAGGAUCUCUGGUGAGCUAAUAAAGCUGAUGGGGAAGCCACGCGUGUGUAAUUGUGUCUAACUGGGCUGGCUGAUUCUGAGGCACGGUCUCACUGGUGCUGGAAAGCAAGCGCUUGCAUCCAUUCUAGUUUACCUUUGCACUCAGGGAACAAGACAGGCUGCCAGCUAUUUUAAGUGAGAAAAGGCUGGACAGCGCAGGGGUGGGGAGCAAAAGCUCCGAGCUGAGAACCAGCAGGCAGGAGUGGCAGUCACACACAUUUAAAAACCACAAACAAGCGCAUACAUGUUAAAACACUUGGAAAAUGGUUUAAUGAUGUUUACAACAGAAAUGAACUGUACAGUUACAGUAAGUUUAAUAUAUAUAAAAAAUUACAGCAGACAAAUGCAUCUACACAAAAUCUACCAUUUCAUCCUGAUUUACUGUAAUCUACACAAUCUCUCAAUGCCUACAGUCACCUGCAGGCAGCCACUGGGAAAAAAUAAUAAAGGGCAUCUUUAAAGAGACAGCAUCCUCCCCCAGGAGACAUCAGCCAAGCUUCAGAAUCAUUGGGUCUUUUACACUUCAGACUCAAGACAAGAGAAAAAUGCUUUUUCUUUAGGCGCAAGUACCCCAGUCCCACCCCGGGUUCAGGGAUCUCGCUGACCCUGAGGGGACACGUAAAGUAAGUGAGAGGAGGGGAGGAAAAGAAAAACAGCUCAACCAAACAGUCAUGCAAAGCAAACCCAAGCAGUUAACAUUUGAACUACAAUGUCUAUUUUUCAGAAGCCAAGCAUCAAGACUCCCGACAGGACACUCAGUAUUCACAGAUCAUCACUCAGAGGAAACCAUUGGCUGGAGUCAGCAGGAAUCCCAGUUUUCCCCAGAGACCAACAGAGUUUAAAAACUAGCAUGCACUCAAGGUUCUUCUUAAAUAAAUUGUGGGCCUCUCCGGCCCCUUCCUUAAACAGCAGGAAAACGCUCUAGGACCCAGUUACAUAGAGAGGAAACGUGGGCCUUUAGGGAGAAAAAACAAAGAAAGACACAAGGGUGCUGUCUCUUUAAAAAAGAAAGAAGGAACCCCAGUUGGGUGCGGCGCUCAGUGAAAAUGCCAUCUGAAUCGGUGGAAGUUUGUCAUGGAAUAUUAUGUACACGUAGAAACUCUCUUUAAUUAUGAACACCUAGGCAGUGAGAACUGUUAUGUUAAUACAUACAUAGACACACCCAAAACAUACAAAAAUACUAUUAUUUCAAACUACUAAGAAUAGGACAGUUCAGUUAUCUCCAUGCUAUGACUUUAAGAGCAUUACACUGAAACAAACAAGAAUUUAAACGACAAUUUUUUAAUAUCCCAGAAAUAUACCAAAAUAUACAUCUAAGCUUUGGAAUUACUGAGGUUAGACUAAUGCAAGUGCUGGGUAAUCGUACUUAAUACACAAGUCUAAGGUUCUGCAGGAAAGAAAUUAUCUUUGGUAUCUGCAUCAGGCUAAUAAUAUUAACAUUUGGAUUUUGCUUUGGGAUAGAGCUUGUAUGACCCUAGAACCAAACACCCCCCAAUCAACUGAGAUUAAAAAGAUCCAUGUAAAAAGUUCCUCCAUUUGCAAUCCCCCCCCCAAGUUAAAAAGUCACAGGCAUCUACCUAGCAUAAAAGGUUGAGAAAUACAAUGCAUAGUUGCACAGUGGUGCUGCAAAAAUAAAAUGAAAUAUAUAGAAAAAAGGAACUAGAGGAGAAAUGAAAAGCUUUUUCUUCUGCUUUCAGGGAUUUCUCAUAACAGGACAGCCUCUUCCAAGCAGUUACGGGGAGGAGGGGAGGGGGGGAAGCUCAGAAGUGCACCUCAGCGUGUAUUAAUCAACAUCACCCAGCCCCCAAAGGGUUAAAGCACCCAUCAGAGCAGCCAAUCAUGCACCAAAGUCUUCAGCUUCUCAACCAAUCUGUGGAGUCCUGCCAGCUGCAUCGCUCUCCCCAGCGGCUGCACCCUGGGGUUGGGCCAGUUUCAAGAGCAAGUGUCUUCCAGAGCUAAUUGGUGCCGGUGGGGUAGAAGUCACCUGGCACAGGUGGAGCCUGCUUGGUCAGGGAAGCAGCCACAGGGCACUGAAGCAGGAAGUCCGUCCUGCCAGGAUGGCAGCCUGCCGAGACCCCCCCACCAGGGCUGGCUCACAGAUGGAGUUGGUGCUGAAGACGCCCCUUUGUCUUUGGUUUGUUUGUUUGUUUUGAGUUUAUACAAUCAUUAGGAAAUCUUUGGUUUUGGCUGGAAAUUUUUAAAAGAACAAAACAAAACAAAGAAACCGCCCCCCCGGCUUAUAGCAGCCACCGUGACCUGGCAAAGCUUCUCUCUCCCAUGGGGGUGGGGAACUACAUUCAAAGUAAGAUGGAAGGGAUCAAAGGGGCAGCUUCUGGUCAGCCUGGGGGACACAGGAUUGUCAAAUAAUAAAGACAAACGUAAAGAUUUGGAGCGUCUUCUCUUUUUGGUCAUGUUGAAAAA